AUGACAAUUAUUAAAUCAAUAUCAAUAAUUGCAGAUAAAUCAAUAUCAAAAACUAAUUUUAUUAAAAUUAAUAAUGAAAAUGAUAGUAUAGUUAUUAUGUAUACAAAUAAUCAAAAAAUAUCAAAAUCAAGGGGUCAAAUAUUAGAUUCCCAUAUAGUUGUAAAUCCAUUAAUUGAUUUUAAUUUAAUUUUUUAA